UGGCGGCCCACGAUCUCGGCGACGUGGGGCGUGCUGCUCAUCGGCGCGGUGCUCACGGGGAACUCGCUCGUGUGCGUGAGCGUGGCGGCCGAGCGCGCCCUGCAGACGCCCACCAACUACUUCAUCGUGAGCCUGGCGGCCGCCGACCUCCUGCUCGCCCUGCUCGUGCUGCCUCUCUUCGUCUACUCCGAGGUGCAGGGCGGCGUGUGGCUGCUGAGCCCCGGCCUCUGCGACGCGCUCAUGGCCAUGGACGUGAUGCUGUGUACGGCCUCCAUCUUCAACUUGUGCGCCAUCAGCGUGGACAGGUUCGUGGCCGUGGCCGUGCCCCUGAGCUACAACCGCCAGAGCCGGGGCGGCCGUCAGCUGGUGCUCAUCGGCGCCACGUGGCUGCUGUCGGCUGCGGUGGCGGCGCCCGUGCUGUGCGGCCUCAACGACGCGCACGGCCGCGACCCCGCCGUGUGCCGCCUGGAGGACCGCGACUACGUGGUCUACUCGUCCGUGUGCUCCUUCUUCCUGCCCUGCCCGCUCAUGCUGCUGCUCUACUGGGCCACCUUCCGCGGGCUGCGGCGCUGGGAGACUCUGGACGCCACUGCGCCCCCCGGCUCGCUGCCCCCCGACGCCAUCCUGUCCCCCGGCCCACAACCCCCAGGUGCAACCCUGCUCCCUAAUGCCACCCCGCCCCCCGACGCCACCCCGACCCACGACGCCGUCCCAGCCAAGCCCCCGCUGCAGGCCCGCAGGAGGAGGCGCGCCAAGAUCACCGGCCGGGAGCGCAAGGCCAUGAGGGUCCUGCCGGUGGUGGUCGGGGUCUUCCUGCUGUGCUGGUCGCCCUUCUUCGUCGUGCACAUCACGCGGGCGCUGUGUCCCGCCUGCGCCGUGUCCCCGCGGCUGGUCAGCGCGGUCACCUGGCUGGGCUACGUCAACAGCGCUCUCAACCCGGUCAUCUACACGGUCUUCAACGCGGAGUUCCGCACCGUCUUCCGCAAGGCCCUGCGCCUCCACUGCUGAGCGCCCG